AAAUGGGUGGGCCGUGGAGCGGUUAGAUAUUUGCUUAGGGAGGAGGUGGAAAAAUUGUGCAACCACAUCAAAAACGCCACAGGCGUGGUAAACAGGCCAGGAAUGUCAGAGAGUAAGGAAACCUGGGAAGAAACCAUCUGGAAAAAUCAGAGUUUAAAGGGCCAGUCUCAGUGAAAACCGGACUCAUCACCGGACCCGAUUUGAGAGCCGAACCAGCUCACCCAUCCCGCCCGGACCUGAAUUCAGAAUUCCGCUUCCCCGAUGACAUCAGCGGGACCCGAAGACGGAUGAGAAACCGUAUUCCCACAGCAGCCGAUCCAACAGCUGUGGAAAGCUAGGAGGGCCUUCCUAGGUACUGGAGCCCCGGGACACACAGAUGCGGAGACGAUCCGGAGAAUUCUCCCUCGGCUCCGGGCUGGGAGCAGGCCCGAGGAGCCGAGCCAGCUCCCGCGCAGCCUGACUGAGCCUCUCGCUAGCUCCGCUCGGCCGCAGUCCCCCGACGCCCACACAAGGAAGUGGUUUCUUACUCAGAGAGGAAAAGGGAAGUCAGAUUACUUCAGAAGGAGAACUCAACUUCUGCCUCCCAGUCGGCUCUAACCGAGGCGAGGUUCACGUCGACUGCUCAGAGUCCGUGAGCUGAGCUGCCCCCUCAUCGGCAACGCCCUCAAUUCCGCCCUCGCCCUGUUUUUGAAGCGGCAGUCCCAUGGCCUAUCACAGCUUCCUGCUUGAACCCAUCAGCUGCCACGCCUGGAACAAGGACAGAACCCAGAUUGCCCUCUGCCCCAACAACCAUGAGGUCCACAUCUACAAGAAGGACGGGGCCAAGUGGACCAAGAUGCACGAGCUGAAGGAGCAUAAUGGACAGGUGACAGGUAUAGACUGGGCUCCCGAGAGCAACCGCCUGGUGACCUGCGGGACGGACCGCAACGCCUAUGUGUGGACCCUGAAGGGGAACGUCUGGAAGCCCACCCUGGUCAUCCUGAGGAUCAACCGGGCGGCCCGCUGCGUCAGGUGGGCCCCCAAGGAGAACAAGUUCGCCGUGGGCAGCGGCUCCCGCCUUAUAUCCAUCUGCUACUUUGAGCAGGAGAACGACUGGUGGGUGUGUAAGCACAUCAAGAAGCCCAUCCGCUCGACCGUCCUCAGCCUGGACUGGCACCCCAACAACGUCCUCCUGGCCGCCGGCUCCUGUGACUUCAAGUGCAGGAUCUUCUCCGCCUACAUCAAGGAAGUGGAGGAAAGGCCGUCGCCCACCCCCUGGGGCUCCAAGAUGCCUUUCGGAGAGCUGAUGUUCGAGUCCAGUAGCAGCUGUGGCUGGGUCCACAGCGUCUGCUUCUCCGCGAGCGGCCACCGCAUGGCCUGGGUCAGCCACGACAGCACCGUCUGCCUCGCCGAUGCCAACAAAAAGAUGGCGGUGGCCUCCCUGUUUUCGGAGUCACUGCCAUUGCUGGCCCUCACCUUCAUCACCGAGAACAGCCUGGUGGCAGGGGGCCACGACUGCUUCCCGAUGCUCUUCACCUACGACGAGGGGCCCGGGGCGCUGAGCUUCGGGGGGCGGAUGGAUGUGCCCAAGCAGAGCUCGCAGCGCGGCAUGACGGCGCGGGAACGCUUCCAGAGCAUGGACAAGCGCGCCAGCUCCGACACCACCGCCAACCUGGACACGCUCCACAAGAACAGCAUCAGCCAGAUCUCCGUGCUGGCGGGAGGAAAGGCCAAGUGCUCCCAGUUCUGCACCACUGGAAUGGACGGGGCGAUGAGCAUCUGGGACGUCAAGAGCCUGGAGUCUGCCCUGAAAGAUCUCAAGAUCAAAUGAUGGAAGUGCCCGGGGAGGCAUUUCGCUGCUGGCCCUGCCCGGGCCCGGGAGCUGAGCUGAGCUGGGGCCCGGGGCCUGCCAGGCUUGCUCAAGGUGGCCAGCUUCGCUUUCGAUGUUCCUAUCCGCAAACUAGUUGAUUGCAGGCCGGUGGUUGUUGGGGGGGGCCUCCCCCCAGCUCCCACUGCCCCAGCCCACCCUCCCGCAGGGCCCUGCCCCCCUAAAAGCUGAAGAAUUGCAUUUUAUACGGAAGCUUUUUCACAUAAUAGAGCUACGUUGGCCAUAAAAACGCUUCAAGACACGGACGAAAUAAACACGCAAGCAGAGUCGG